AGUUGUCUGCUAGACCGUCUGUUGUUCAUGGUAACAGAAUAACUAAGAAAACUUUUACACAACUUUUAUAAUAAAAAUGGAAAAGGUAGAACUUGAGGAGCCUCUUCCAGAAAUACAAUAUCGUAAGGCAACUAGUGCCGAAAUGUAUGCUUUAAAGAAGCAAGCCGUACAGUAUUAUAAAGAAAAUGGUGUCCCUUUAAAGAUGGAAAAUGUAAUGAAUGAAAUGUUCUACGAUAGACCGGAUGAUGUUUUUGGACAUAUAGCAAACUAUUUUGAGUCUUUUGCAAAAGCAGUUACAAUAAACAAAGUUGAACUUCUGGAUACUUUCGAUUCAAGGGGUCAACAAUCGUUAACAACUAAUUUGUAUGGAAUAGUUAGGAAUAAUUCUAAACUGCUGGCAGAAACACAAUUAACUAGCUCCUCUCGUCUUCCCGAUUACUCUUCACCAGAAGAAAAAGAGAAUGAUGCAGUUGAACGACAAGAAUCAUUAAAGGCUUCUAUUGAGUUAAUUAAUGAUAAAAUAUCUCCAGUUUUAAUAGGAAUUGACGUUAACGAACAGAAUCAAAUUGAUGAGGAGAUAUCAAAAAUACUCUUACCUUUACAAGAAGCUCUGGAUAAAGAGAGACAAGAAGAAGAGAAUAAGAAAAAAGAGGAACAAGAGAGAAUAGAAGCGGAAAAGGUAGUCAGUGCGAAAGAUAAAAGAAAAUCUCCCAAAGUCAAAGGAAAAGGAGCUGCUGUGGUUAUUAUACCAGAUGAACCAAAAGACAAACUAAUUCCUGGUUAUGAAUCUGGUUGCAUUGUGUCGAAAAGUGUUUGUAAAGCGGGAUCUUUUGUUAAAAAUUGCGAAUUAUACGAAUAUAUUGGGAGUUUGACCGGAAAAGAUCAAUUUAAGAUUCCAUUACCAAUGUUUACAAUUUUCUAUAGUGGAAGAGCUGCACCUGGAAAACAGAAUUACGUUAAAGAAUAUAUGAUUAUACCAUCCCCAACUAAAACGCUUUCUCAGGCCGUAAAAGAGAGCGUACAGAUCUAUAACACCAUAGGAGAUAUCCUAGCAUCUAAGGCCGCGGCCAGCGAUAAAGGUGGUAAAAAGCAAAAUUCUAUUAUCAAUGAGGGACCUUACAUUACAUCUAAGCUGGUAAAUGAUACUGGUGCGUUUUGCACACCUUUGGAUAGGAUUGAACAAGGCUUAGAUCUUAUUCAAGAUGCUAUGAAACAUCUUAAUCUAGAAUCUGGAACCGAUUUCUAUUUCGCGUUAAAUUUAAGUGGUCAAGAAGUUUUUGAUUAUGAGAAAGGCAAAUAUGAAAUUGUUGCUGGAAUUCAAAAGACUGGAGAUGAUUUAGCUGAUGUUUUAAAUGACAUUUUGAAUAAAUACCCAGGAGUAAUAGCUUUAAUCGAUCCUGUAAGAAAGGAGGAGAAGCAGGCUUGGCAAAAAAUAAGUGAAAAAAUCUCACCAAGAUGUUAUAUUGGAAGGAAUGUGAACACGCGUCACUUUUUCAAUGAUAUACCAAAUCCAGAAUUACCUAUAAGCGCAUCUGUUUUAAAAUUAGAAACAUCUACAAUAUCGCACAUUACCUCGGUUAUUUCACACUCUGAUGCUAAUGAAAUCGUUACGAUUAUGCAAAGUAGCCAGGGUGAAAGUGAAGAUUCUUUUAUAUCCGAUUUGGCCGUCGCGAACGAUUGUAAGUUUAUACACGUAGGAGCACCGUGUAGAGGAGAGAGGUUGUCAAAAGUUAAUAGACUUUUGAGAAUUGAACAGUUAUUGGGCGAUAAAGCAUUAAAAUGGCCGGAAAAUUUUGAAUUUCCCUAUCUUCCAAUUCCACAAGUAGAGGAACCGGAAGAAGAAGAAAAAGUUGAAUAA